AUGCUGGCAGACCAGCCAGUAGACAUGGUUAAUUCAGUCGGGCUAACACCUUCCCUCUUCCUGGAUGAGGACCUCGGGACCAACUCGUCGAUGGUUAAUGAUACUAGCAGACAUGACUUCGUCAGACCGUUCAUGAAUCGCUUGCGUCGGAAGGCUUACACUCACUACAACCCUGAAAAUUCUCCGUUCACACUGUCCUUGGAAGAUAAGAAAACUAACCGGGUGCUUGCGCGAUUUGGGACAUCAGCCUCGAACAGGACCGUGGUUUAUAACCGAAUCCUCCGUUUGAACCUGGAGGUAAAUGAUGGAAUGGGAUCUGGAAUCCAGUUCGCUAUAAACGUUACUGGAAUCAAUAUCCUGGCUGCUUUUUUAGUACCAUGCGACCUUCGGCUUGGUCGCCAUUCUGGAAACAUUACCUGGUUGGGCACCGAUCGAUGGUAUCGUUCUAACGUUUGUCGUUGGACUAUUGAAGUGUCCGAAAGAAACUACAUCAUUUUGAAUUUCGAUACAUUUCGCGUUCAUACUCCAAGUAACUGGUCACUGAAUAUCAGCACGUCCGCUCCGGCAAGAUCAGAGGUGUUCGAAGCCGCGCCAAGUGUGUCACACAGGAUUAUACUGUCGAACAAGGCUCAUUUCGAAAUGAAAAUUAGUACGUCGUCCUCCAGAUGUCUGAGUUUAACGAUCAGAUAUUCGUCA